AUGAAUGUGCGCCGAGCGAUCGAUACAAUUGCAGAGGAACUCGGAACGAUAUCCCCACGUACGGAGGAAGGGUACUACCUCUUUUCAGCCCCCGCAACAAAGCGAGAGUCUAGUUGCAAUAAACCAUCCCUGUGGAAGGACGAAGAUCCGUGCAAAAAGAUUGCGUUAGGCAACCCAAGCAAGAACCUCUCAGAUGUGAUCUACGAGUGCUCAAAUCUGAAUGACUUCAACGUGUAUUGGUCAGCAGAUCGCCUAUUCUCCUGUUUGUCGGGAAAAACCUUCUACACCUUGAGCACUGUAUCGUGUACCACUGGAUACGACCUGGCAAUUUGUUCCGUGUGUGCUGAUGGAUACAAGCCAUGCAAUGAGGCAAAUGCUGAAGUCCGAGCUUCGAUCAAGUGGCAGAAUUUUGUCAUUCCUGUGCUGCUGGUCCUUGCGCUUAUCGGAGGAGUAUUUGGUGUGCGAUUCUAUCUGCGUGACCUCACAGAAAUCGGCCUUCUUGCAAAAGCUGAAGCUGAUAGGCGGCUAAAAGCUCCCGAUUCAAAGAAAGGUCACAUCGCUAUACGUGCGGGGGCGAAAUAUCGGAGACAAUCUAUGGCAGUGGUAGGCCGAGUGGAUCAAGUGAAGAACAAACUUACUACCUUCUUCAAGAAAUACCAGAAACGAAACGCGAAAAUGGUUUUCGGAGUGGAUGUGAGUCCUCCACCACGGACGUUCCCAGUCAACCCCAGCAAGUUCAAGAUUUUUAUUGGGUUCUUUCAGAUAUUCGGCAACUUCCAGAGCUCUUUCGUCGUGAAAUGGUCAUCCAAUGUUCAAGACGUUAUGAAUGUUUCUCAGAAGUUCAAUCUGGAUCUGGUGGCAAUUGCUGGAAUUGAUUGUGUGGUAACGAAAAACUUCUACUUCGACUUCACAGUGACGGUGAGCCUGGUUGUACUUGCCCUUACUGUCAUCACGGCGUAUUUUUAUGCUGGAACGCGCAAUUAUCGCUCAAAACUGCAGCUAAUUCCUCGUAACUGCCUUCGCUGCGGGCUUCCAGUUCUGGAAAGUGAGUUGAUUCAAAACGACGACGAGAGUUUCAACCCUCUUCGCCUACUUCGCAGCUGGUGGCGGACGUAUAAUUUCUAUAACCGUUCGAGCUCUUCAAUUCCAGUGGAAGCAGCAAAAGGUGGUCUAGAAAAUGAAAACACGGCUGCCCUCUCAACUAUCAGAGAGACACGAGCGCUGAAGCGAAAAUUCGGAAUGUCCCAAGUCCGAACGCCGUAUUUGGGUUUGUUUCGAUCAGUGCAUACCAAGUGCCCGACUAAACGACACGUGCUCUCGGGUGCGUUGCUUGAUCGCACAAUUCGUGGUAAUCUUCGUGUCUGGCAAGCUCGAGUGAAGCUACGCAUGAAUUAUCUCACGUAUCGAAACAAAUGUCUGAAGCUGUACUGCUGGAUGGCCCUCUUCCUCUACCCGUCUGUUUCGAAGACUAUACUGACAGUCUACAACUGCCAGGAGGUUGGCGACGUAUUUUACCUCGUGGUAGAUCGACGUUUGAUCUGCUACAAUGGUCAAUGGGCGGUGUUUGGUAUGAUCGCGACGAUCGGAGUCAUCGUGUGGGUCGUGGGAAUUCCAUUCUUUUUCGGGCUUUUGAUCUGGCUAGCCCAGGACCGUGGCGUUGCUGCACGUAUCAAGUUACUACGGAAGCCUCAGAUGCGCGUACAACGGCAGAAGUGGCUAAAGGAAGUGGACGAACAACAUAUUGAAGAUGGAAGGUUUGUUCGGGAUAUGGACAACGUUGAGGUGCAGGACGAGGAGCUGGCGAAGUACAUGAAGCGCAAGAACUUAACAGACUCGACAGUGCAAGCUAGACUGGGUUUCAUCUACGCCGAAUAUACACACGACUACUGGUGGUUUGAAGUCGUGGAUCUUUCCCGAAAGCUUUUCCUCAGUGGUGUAAUUGUGUUCGUGGAAAACGGAAGUGUGGAACAAGUUUUACUGGCGCUAGCUGUCUGUUUGACGACAAUGUGGUUCUUGCUUUACUUCCAGCCGUACGACGGCUACUCUGAUAAUCUCAUCGCGAGUAUCACGCAGUUGCAACUCUUCUUCACGUUGUGGCUCGGAGUUAUGAUUCGGCUGAACGAUCUGAACAUCGAGUCCUUGAUCAACGUACAGUUGCUAAGCUUCCUGCUGGUAGGAACGUGCAUUGCUGUCACAAUGUUUGGGAUCAGUAUGAUUAUUGGGGAAGGGCUAGCAGAGUCACGACGAAUAUUCACCGAGACGACUGCACAGCGUAAGAAACAUGUUCAAGAAGAAGUGCGGAAGCGGUGGUUCCAAGCCUUCAAUUACGCUGCCUAUGAAGCUCAAAUGCUGCGUUACGGUGCUCAUGGAAGGAGAAUCUGA